CUCAGGAAACGGAUGUGACGUCAUUUUCGAAUGACGUUUCAAUGACGUUUGCCAUCAACAAUCAUGGCGGACUCUGAAGACGUCGCUGCUGUAUAUUUUGCUAUCAGCAACAUUCCUGUAGCAUUUCGCUCAGCGGACCUGAGAAAUUACUUCAGUCAGUUCAUAGAAAGCGGCGGUUUUCACUGUUUUCACUAUCGACAUCGACCGGAGGUCCUCAGGGAGUCCGAUGGGCCCGAAAAUACAGUUUGUGGCGAGGGGGAAGAGGGCAGCUUCAGAUCCUCGACUGAGGAGACUGACCACGUAACAAAAAACGGCUCUGUGAAGAAGCAGCUGGUGAAGUCGUGCUGUUGUGUCGUAUCAGUUCAUAACAAAGAAGCUGACAGAUUCGUCAGGAUGUAUGCGGGAAAUCACUGGAUUAACUCGAAGGGGAACUGGCUGGCUCGACGUUGUAUCAUCAAGAGAGUAAAAGUUGCAGAUGACGGAGAUGAUGGGUCAUUCCCAUAUAAAACAAAAUAUGAGCAACGGCACCGGGUGUCCUUAACGAAGCGUUUCACAGAAGCUGACCUCAAAAGCUUAUCUGAGCUGAAUCCACCUGCUCUGAUGCAGAAUGGAAAUGUGGGCACACCAACUAAAGUGUUCCUACACCUCAUCCAGUCCUGCCGAAUGCCUCCCCGCCUCAUUCGGAAGUUGGGCCUGACUUUCCCCAAAACCAGCUCCAGUCGCCGUUAUGGCAAUGUACCUUUCCAGUAUCAGGACAGUCAGACAGUUCCGGCCAGAGAAGAGACUGUAUUAACUGCUUCUGGACAUGAAAUAUCGGGACCGGGCACUUUGGCUGCUCCUCCGUCAAGACAGAGGCGGUUAGCUGACGACACUGAAAAAACAGAGACUGAUGAGCCACAGAAUGAAGAGGAGGAAGAGGAUGCACAGUCAAAUGCAGAUGAUGAUGAUGACUGUUGUGAGGAGUGGGAACGCCAUGAGGCUUUGCACGAUGAUGUAACGAGCCAGGAGCGAAGCAAAGAGAGGCUGUAUGAAGAGGAGAUUGAGUUGAAGUGGGAGAAGGGCGGCUCAGGCCUGGUAUUCUACACCGACGCCCAGUACUGGCAGGAGGAGGAAGGAGAUUUUGACGAACAAACGGCAGACGACUGGGACGUUGACAUGAGUGUUUACUAUGAUAAAGAUGGCGGUGACAUGGAUGCCCGUGACUAUGUCCGAAUGCGGUAUGAGAAAAGGCUAAGGGACGGUCUUGAAGAUAGAUCAGGACGCAAUCAGUCUAUUGGCAGCUUUGAGAGGUUCACUAAGGGCUUUGGUCGCCGUGUUAUGGAAAAACAGGGCUGGAAGGAUGGCGAAGGGUUGGGACACAGUCAGACUGGGAUUCCUGAAGCUCUUGAGAAUGACGGCCAACAUCCCCAUUGCAAAAGAGGCUUUGGGUACCAUGGAGAGAAAUUGGUCCUACAUCCUGUAAAAAAGGCCAGAACAGAUUUUCAUAUAUCUACAGUGUAUGACAAACCGAAAAGCAUCGACGGAGAUGAUACGUUGCUGAGACGUCAACCCAACACUAGUAUGAAGUACAGAGGCUGGCAGCCAGGAGGCAGCAUUGGACCACAAAGAUGACUCAAAUUAAAGUAUUUUUUUAGAUUUUUAGCUGAUUGUCUUACUUAAUUGACUGUGCUAUUAAAAAAAUUCAAACCUUUCAGUGUA